GGCCUUAAGCAUCUAUCAGAAAGAUCAAUCGACAUCUUCGAGAUAUCAACAGAGACAUAUUAUCGCAACAUCGGAAUGGGAAAGAAGUCUGGGUUUUGUUGCUUUGGGCUGCUGAAAUGGAAGAGGAAGAAGAAGGUAACAAGUCAAAGGGAGGAGGUGAUGGGAAAGAGUAAGGCGAACAGGGUCCGGGCGAGGGAGGAAGAUGACGAUUACUAUUACGACUGGAUGGCAGACCCGGAUAUUGAUAACAAAGCCGCUGAGUUCAUCAAUGCCAAGCGACAGCUCUAUCGGAGCACUGCCGCCGCCACCGCCACCGCCACCGCCGACGAAGCUGCUGAUCAUACUGCGGACGCCACCCACCUCUCCAAUUAACAGACUUCAUUAUAUUCUAUCUAUGUAUAUGUUGUACUCACACAGUAGUCACACCUACAUACAUACGCUAGCUAUUUUUGACGGGAAAAGUCAAAAAUGAUAAACUUUGACCCG